AUUUAGCGAAAAAUGUUUUUAAUUUAAUAAUACUGAUAUCAGAUAAAAAAAAACAGGCAUAUGAAUUCAAUUAAUAAUACUAAAACGAAUUGAUCUCUUCAAAAUAAUAGUAAUGAUAGAUUAUCUCUAAAAGAUAAGGGAUAUUGAUAUAAAAACUGGUACGAUAUUUUAUUCUUAAGUUACAAAUCAAUACUGAACAAUAUGAAUUCUCUAUAUUUUCUUUAUUUCAUUGGAUUAGCUUCAUCUGUGUUUUCAUUUCCUACUAAGGAGGAAAGCUUUAAUUAUGACAAUCACAAUGUCAGUGUAACAAUAGACACAGACUGGUUAAGUCAACUUUAUAUUACAGAAGUAUCCAAAGAUAAUGACCCAAAUUCGAAGUUACUUAUGUACAACAAUGUGACACAAAAAUUCUUAUUCGGAACCGAACCAAGGUCUCUACACCUUGAGGUAUUAGAUUAUGCCAACGUUUACAGCCAAGAGUCCGAGUUUUUCGCCAAAAGUGUAAGAGAUGAUUGGACUAUUGAAGAUGGCAAUGAGAUAAUUGAAUUCGCUAUGUCACUAGGAGCUUAUGGAAAAAUUAAUCAUAACGUCGAUUUUUCUAAUUUAAAAAAAAAAUCACACAUUGAUUACAAUGUACUUUAUAUAACAGAAGUUAAUAUUACCUAUCCUUAUAAAAAAAGUAUUGAGGAAAUCCAUCAACAAUAUCCUGAAUUAAUUAAUAUCCAGAUGCCGCUAUUGGGAAGUGCUAUUUCAGGACUAAUACCUCUUGUAAAUGGUACAGGAAGUGACAUUACAACCUGCAAAUAUAGAAUUUGUACAUCGGAUACAGAGCCUAUAAGAACAAUGGAUACCUACUAUCUUUUUGAUAACGUAACUGUUAAUAACAUAUUAGAAGCUACUGUCAGUACUAUGGGUUAUAUCUAUAAUAAUAUUAAUGGCAAGAGUUUCUUCUCAGCUAUAGUACAUAUUAAUGUGACACAUAAUGUAGAUAUUGGUGAGCAGUAAUAAUUUUUGUUUUGUGAUUUAAAAAUAAAGAUUUCUAAUUAGA